UGUCACCGUUACACAUAUACACCAAAAUCAAGGGUGCAAAUAGCAUGACUCUUCAAUGAGAAAGGCCACAUGUGGCGAAGUAUUUGGCCACUUCAACACUAAUUGAAGGAGUAAAUGUAGCAAAAUAAUAAACAAAGGAACAAGUAUACGGUUUUGGCCGCAUUUAUACCCUCAGCAAAUUGCCACGUACCUCUAACUUCCAUUACAAGCAAACUCCUUUUGCCAAUUCAAAAAUCACAAAAAAAUAUCUUCAAACCUACACUACCAACUAAACUUCUACUAAAUACAUGCACAUGCACAACUAUUUAUACCGAGAUCCUCAUGCCCCUCCUCUUCACCCCAACACCAAUUUCCUCCUUUUCUCGAUUUCAUUGUCAAUUACACAAUGGGGAUAUCUUCAACCACCUUAGACACAAAUUGGUGGGUGCUUACACUCCCAGCCAUACUAGGAACACAAAAUAACAUGCUUAACAAUCUAAUCUUUGUAGCCUCAAUUGCACUUCUCUCCAUUGGAAUUUUAGUAUGGGCAUUCCCAAUGGGAGGAGUAGCUUGGCGAAACGGCCGGAACCAAAUGGGCCCUGUCCCAAUUCCAGGGCCCAAAGGGUUCCCAAUCUUUGGUAUCUUAUUCAGCUUGAACCAUGGCCUUCCACACCGAACCCUAGCUUCCAUUGCUUCCACCCUCUCCGCUACACAACUCAUGGCCUUCAGCUUAGGCUCCACACCUGCAGUUAUCACCUCAAAUCCUAACAUGGCACGCGAAAUCUUGAAUUCGCCCCAUUUUGCGGAUCGUCCCAUUAAAGAUUCCGCAAAGAGCCUCAUGUUCAGUCGCGCCAUUGGGUUUGCACCCAACGGCUCAUACUGGCGUUUACUUCGAAAGAUUGCAUCCAUUCAUCUCUUUUCUCCUAGGCGCAUCGCGGCCCAUGAGGCUGGUCGCAGGCAUGAUUGCGCCGCCAUGUUGCAAGCUGUGGCUCAAGAACAAUCACAAAAUGGGGUUGUUUUCCUAAGAAAACACCUCCAAGAUGCGGCUCUUAACAACAUUAUGGGAACCGUCUUUGGAAAAAGAUACAACAUGGAAGAACAAAACCAGAAUAGCGAUCACCAAGUUGAGGAGCUUCGUGAGAUGGUGAGGGAAGGGUUUGAGCUCUUAGGAGCUUUCAACUUGUGUGAUUAUGUUCCAUGGAUGAGGUUCUUCUACGACCCUUUUCACAUCAAGGAACGGUGUUCCGCUCUUACUCCUCGCGUAAAGAGGUUUGUGAAGAGGGUUUUGGAUGAACAUCGAUUGGGUCAGGACAAGAAGAUUAUUUCUGAUGGAUCAGACUUCGUGGAUGUGCUGCUCUCGUUGGAAGGGGAUGAAAAGCUCCAAGAUGACGAUAUGAUUGCGGUUUUAUGGGAGAUGAUAUUCCGUGGCACAGACACAACAGCACUUGUAACCGAGUGGGUAAUGGCGGAACUUGUUUUCAACCAAGAAAUUCAGACUAGGCUUCGCAAUGAGCUUCACAAUUCUCUUGGGGACAAGAACAACAUUACAGAUGCUGACGUGGCAAAACUAACAUAUCUUGAGGCCAUUGUGAAAGAGACUUUGCGAUUGCACCCAAUUGGUCCACUCCUUUCAUGGGCCCGCUUGUCCACAUCAGAUGUCCAGCUCAGCAACGGCAUGGUGGUCCCAUUGAACACCACAACAAUGGUGAACAUGUGGGCCAUAACUCACGACCCCAACGUGUGGGAGGAUCCAUUGGAGUUUAAACCUGAGAGGUUUUUGAAGGCUCAAGGAGGCAUUGACUUUGACAUAAGGGGCGUUGACCUUAGGCUUGCACCGUUCGGUGCCGGGCGUAGGGUUUGCCCCGGCAAGAACCUUGGCCUUGCCACUGUGACCCUUUGGGUGGCUAAGUUGGUUCACCGGUUUGAAUGGCUGCAAGACAUGGCUAACCCUGUUGACCUAACCGAAGUGCUCAAGCUUUCUUGUGAAAUGAAAACCCCUCUAAAGGUUGUGGCUAUUCCAAGGGUUGGUUAAUAUUAUAUGUGAGAUGUCGCAAAUAAGGUGAAAAUUUAAGUAAAGUUAUUGUUAAGUGAAAUUGUUAAUCGAAAAUUGUUAGAUAAUUUAAUACAUUUAACAAAUUUAUUAUCUAACAAAUUUUAAUUA